AUGGCAUACGAAAAGCGAGGUGGAUAUGGGGGGCGGAGGGCGGGGGCGGGGCGGUCCCCCCCGCGACACGAUAUCCGCAAAAUCAAGGGGCGGAUGAUCGACGACGGUUUUGGGAGCAUGGGCGCAUCGGCCUUGCUACUAGGGGAAGGCGACGGCGGGGCUGGAGAUCCACCGCCCCCGCCCAUGGUCUUCUCGAUAAGAAGCGGGGAUCAUCGCAUAGGGAGUUUCAUCCUGCAUAAGGCGGAGUUCUGUGCGGGUGACAUCGUCCUUGGCAACUUCGACUUCUCAGGGGCGUCGACUCGUUGUUUGCAAGUGUGUGCGUGCUUGGAGGUCUGCGAAGAGAACCAGAACGCGUUUCCCGGGGACGCGGCGUCGUCAGCCCCUGGGAGGCCGAAACCGCCGCCGGACGUUCGGAGCACCUGCCACAAGCGCGUCGUGGACUCGUGCAAGGAGCUGACGCCGUGCUUGGUGCAGUCCUCCGUGACCCUCUCCGUCCCCAUGGACGCGCCUGUCACCUUCUCCACGGAGCUGGUGAGCGUCUCCUGGAGCCUCCGGUUCGAGUUCGUCAUUUCACCCCCGGAGUCUAGAUGGAGCCUCGGCGGAUUUGCGCCGUCGAAGGCCAGCGUGCUGAAGUGGGCCGUGCCCAUCCGAGUCACGCCCCCGAGCCACAUCGUGCUCGCCGGUGCGGGGGGGAAUGCAGGCGGAGGCGGAGAGCUUGGGUGUAACGCUAUGGAUGCCACGGGCAGAACGGUGCUUUGCUAGGUUAGCACGCACGGGAUAAACCCCCUGCGUUUCGGUCCUACGGUGUAUUUUGUGGUUUCUUCUUUCGCAUCGACCGCGCUGACCGAUAAUAGGACGUCGGUUUCAGUGCGGUUGAAAGCAGAAACGCUUCUGAAGGCCAUGAUCUGGGAACUCGUGAGAGGGCGCUAUGUUCUGGGCGCGUUUGUUGGAGCCAGGAUAUGUUGGAUCCACGUACGACGUGCUUGUUGUUGAUUGCAUCUGUACCGUGCUUGGAUGGUACAGAAAGGGACAUCACGCGGAAUGCCGCCUACCACUUACUCCUUGUGGACUUGCACGGCCUCCAUUCUCUUCGGGCGUGGCCAUAUAAGAUCUGCCGUAGUCUAGCGGGAGGAAUGUCGGUGUCAUUCCUGUUUUUUUGUAUCUUAUGACUCGCGGCGGUUGUUGUAGCUGGUGCAGGCGUGCACGCAGUGUUUUCACGCAUGGUGUUCUUCCCGCUGUAUCGUUGUGUCCGGCAUGGUUAUGUCGUGUUGUCUGUAUGUAUGUGCUGUUUUAUCAAGUUUUCGGGUGGGAUUUUUCUUGCCGCCGCCGGUAAUGCUGGCGCUGGUGCUUGUGGGGUCGUUUGAGCCGAUCCCACCCCACACUUGUGAUGCCGCUGUCAACGCCUGUUCCGUGGAGAGUUCCUCUCCAACUUUUUUUCUCUCACGUUGCGUCUCACCCCGUCUCAGCUUGGCUACCCUUGAUCUUGGUGUAUGUGCGAGUAAAUUGGUUUCUUUUUUUUUUCACGUGUGCUCAACCAAUCGAUCCCCAAACGCGUGUUGGCUGCCUGCUAAAGCUACGCCGACGGCUCCUACCCGACCAGCAUGCAUGACGGUGAGAAGUU